UCUGUCGCAUGCUCUCUCUCUCUCUGCCGUGCUCUCUAUCUCUCUCUCUCGUGCUCUCUCUCUGCCGUGCUCUCUCUCUCACUCACUCUCUAUCUCUCUCUCUCGUGCUCUCUCUCUGCCGUGCUCUCUCUCUCUCUCUCUCACUCUCUCUCACUCUCUGUCUCUCUCGUGCUCUCUCUCUGUCGCGCUCUCUCUCUCUCUCACUCUCUGUUCUUCCUAUCUCUCUCUCUCUCUCUUUUCUUCCUCUCUCUCUCUCUGUUCUUCCUCACUCUCUCAUGCUGUCAGAGCGGGGGCUGAAGCAAUGCCACUUGAACGUUAAGUGCAAUAGAACAAAGUUGUCGUGCCAACCGGUGCCUGUGCACCGUGACCUCAACACCUGGUAUGUUCUGAGCGUGCUCCAACUCCGGCUCCUCGGAUCAGCUAACUCACCAUGGGAAACUACAUGUGUGGAACACUGAGGAAGAAGAAAAAUGAAGAAGAAGAUAACGGUGAUAGUCAUAGCAGCCCAGACAACAAGGAAGAGGAUGUGACAUAUGCCACCAUCGACCAUAACAACACCAAGACAACAGGAUUCAUCGUAGAUUCCGGAGAUAACGAUUGUGACUACGCCAUCGUUAACCUUCCAACUGGCCCAGCCCACCAGUCGUCAAUCAAGGAAGACUGCUCAGACGACUAUGUCCUUAUGGGCUAACCUCAUGGACAAUGUGUGUGUGUGUGUGUGUGUGUGUGUGUGUGUGUGUGUGUGUGUGUGUGUGUGUGUGUGUGUGUGUGUGUGUGUGUGUGUGUGUGUGUGUGUGUGUGUGUGUGUGUGUGUGUGUGUGUGUGUGUGUGUGUGUGUGUGUGUGUGUGUGUGUGUGUGUGUGUGUGUGUGUGUGUGUGUGUGUGUGUGUGUGUGUGUGUGUGUGUGUGUGUGUGUGUGUGUGUGUGUGUGUGUGUGUGUGUGUGUGUGUGUGUGUGUGUGUGUGUGUGUGUGUGUGUGUGUGUGUGUGUGUGUAUGUGUGUGUGUGUGUGUGUGUGUGUGUGUGUGAGAUGACAGAGGUCAUGUGAGUAGGGAGAUAACGGAGAUGCAAGGUGGACAAUGGCUGGGGCAAGCUCGAUAGCACCUUACUGAUCCAAAGGAACAGAUAUGAUGCCUGUGACAGUGCCUACAAACUCAACUUGAUGCAGUGUGUGGUUCACUAAUUACAGGUGCUUGCCAAAGUAUUCACCCUCCUUGGCAUUUUUCCAAUUUUGUUGCCUUACAACCUGGAAUUAAAAUGGAUUUGGGGGGGGGUUUGUAUCAUUUGAUUUACACAACAUGCCUACCACUUUGAUGAUGCAAAAUAUGUUUCAUUGUGAAACAAACAAGAAAUAAGACAAAAAAAAACAGAAAACAUGAGUGUUCAUAACUAUUCACCCCCAAAGUCAAUGUAGAGCCACCUUCUGCAGCAAUUACAGCUGCAAGUCUCUUGGGGUAUGUCUCGGCAAAUCUAGCCACUGGGAUUUUUGCCCAUUCUUCAAGGAAAAACUGUUCCAGCUCCUUCCAGUUGGAUGGAUUCCUCUGGUAUACAGCAAUCUUUAAGUCAAACCACAGAUUCUUAAUUGGAUUGAGGUCAAGGCUUUGACAAGGCCAUUCCAAGACAUUUAAAUGUUUCCCCUUAAACCACUCGAGUGUUGCUUUAUCAGUGUGGUUAGAGUCAUUGUCCUGCUGGAAGGUGAAUCUCUGUCCCAGUCUCAAAUCUCUGGAAGACUGAAACAGGUUUCCCUCAAGAAUGUCCCUGUAUUUAGCGCCAUCCAUCAUUCCUUAAAUUCUGACCAGUUUCCCAGUCCCUGCUGACGAAAGGGUGAUGAGGUUCUCAGGGUGAUGAGGUUCUCAAGGUGAUGAGGUGUUGGGCUUGUGCCAGACAGCAUUUUUCUUGAUGGCCAAAAAGCUCAAUUUUAUUCUCAUCUGUCAAGAGUCCCUUCCUCCAAAUGUUUGGGGAGUCUUUUUUGAAGCAAGUCAUUUUCUUUUCACUUCAUCAAUUUGGACUAUUUUGUGAAUGUCCAUUAUAUGAAAUCCAAAUAAAAAUCCAUUUAAAUUACAGGUUGUAAUGCAACAAAAUAGGAAAAACGCCAAGUUUUGCAAGGCACUGUAUAGGUUUCUAUUUAUGUUUAAUUAUGUUUUACAGACAUGUAUUGUGCUUACGUUAAUAUACAGUGCCUUUGGAAAGUAUUCAGACCCCUUGACUUUUUCCGUAUUUUGUUGUUACAGCUUUAUUAUAAUUUAUUUUUCUUCAAUCUACACACAAUACCCCAUAAUGACAAAGCAAAAACAGUUUUUUAGAAAGCUUUGCUAAUUUUAUAUACUUUUUUUAACCUGGAAAUAUCUCAUUUACAUAAGUAUUCAGACCCUUUACUCAGUACUUUGUUGAAGCACCUUUGACAGCGAUUACAGCUUUGAGUCAUCUUGGGUAUGACUCUACAAGCUUGGCACAACUGUAUUUGGGGAGUUUCUCCCAUUCUUCUCUCCAGAUCCUCUCAUGCUAUGUCAUGUUUAAGUUUUUUAUUUAACCUUUAUUUAACUAGGCAAGUCAGUUAAGAACAAAUUCUUACUUACAAUGUAGGCCUACCAAAAGGCAAAAGGCCUCAGGUAUGUGUGUGCUAUGGGGACCUUUAACAGAAUGUGACUGGCAGAAUGGGUGUUGUAUGUGGAGGAUGAGGGCUGCAGUAGAUAUCUCAGAUAGGGGGGAGUGAGGCCUAAGAGGGUUUUAUAAAUAAGCAUAAAAAAGUGGGUCUUGCGACAGGUGUACAGACAUGACCAGUUUACAGAGGAGUAUAAAGUGCAGUGAUGUGUCCUAUAAGGAGCAUUGGUGGCAAAUCUGAUGGCCGAAUGGUUAAGUACAUCUAGCCGCUCAAGAGCACCCUUACCUGCCAAUCUAUAAAUUACGUCUCCGUAAUCUAGCAUGGGUUGGAUGGUCAUCUGAAUCAUGGUUAGUUUGACAGCUGGGUUGAAAGAGGAGCGAUUGGGAUAGUGUAACCAAGUCUAGAUUUAACUUUAGCCUGCAGCUUUGAUAUGUGCUGAGAGAAGGACAGUGGCCAUACUCCCAAGUACUUGUAUGAGGUAUGAGGUGACUACCUCAAGCUAUAAACUCCCAGAUGUAGUAAUCACACCCGUGGGGGGAGGGGCAUUCUUCUCACCGAACCAUAUGACCUUUGUUUUGGAGGUAUUCAGAACAAGUUUAAGGGCAGAGAAUGCACAUUGAUCACUAAGAAAGUUUUGUUGAAGAGCAUUUAAUACAAAAUCCGGGGAGGGGCCAGCUGAGUAUAAGAUUGUAUCAUCUGCAUAUAAAUGGAUGAGAGAGAUUCCUACUGCCUGAGCUCUGUUGUUGAUGUAAAUUGAGGAGAGCAUGGGGCCAAGGAUCGAGCUUUGGGGUACAUCCUUGGUGACAGGCAGUGGCAGAGACAGCAGAUGUUCUGACUUUAUACACUACACACUUUUAGAAAGGUAGUUAGCAAACCAGGCUAAAGUCCCCUCAGAGACACCAAUACUCCUUAGCCGGCCCACAAGUUGAAAUGGUCUACUGUGUCAAAAGCUUUGGCCAAGUCAAUAAAAAUAGCGGCACAACAUUGCUUAGAAUCAAGGGCAAUGGUGACAUCAUUGAGGACCUUUAAGAUUGCAGUGACACAUCCAUAACCUGAGCGGACCUGAGCGGUCCCAGUCCCUGCCGCUGAAAAACAUCCCCACAGCAGGAUGCUGCCACCACCAUGCUUCACUGUAGGGAUGGUGCCAGGUUUCCUCCAGAUGUGAUGCUUUGCAAUCAGGCCAAAAAGUUCAAUCUUGAUUUAAUCAGACCAGAGAAUCUUGUUUCUUAUGGUCUGAGAGUCUCUAAGUGCCUUUCAGCCCAAGCGGGCUGCCAUUUUACUGAGGAGUGGCUUCUGUCUGGCCACUCUACCAUAAAGGGGAGAUUAGUGGAGUGCUGCAGAGAUGGUUGUCCUUCUGGAAGGUUCUCCCAUCUCCACAGAGGAACUCUAGAGCUCUGUCAGAGUGGCCAUCGGGUUCUUAGUCACCUCCCUGACCAAGGCCUUUCUCUGCCGAUUGCUCAGUUUAGCCGGGCAGCCAGCUCUAGGAAGAAUCUUGGUGGUUCCAAACUUCUUCCAUUUAAUAAUGAUUGAGGCCACAGCGUUCUUGAGGACGUUCAAUGCUGCAGAAAUGUUUUGGUACCCUUCCCCAGAUUUGUGCUUCGACACAAUCCUGUCUCUGAGCUCUACAGACAAUACCUUCAACCUCAUGUCUUGAUUUUUUCUCUGACAUGUAUUGUCAACUGUGGGACAUUAUAUAGAUAGGUGUGUGCCUUUCCAAAUCAUGUCCAAUCAAAUGAAUUUACCACAGGUGGACUCCAAUCAAGUGUUAGAAACAUCUCAAGGAUGAUCAAUCGAAGCAGGAUGCACCUGAGCUCAAUUUUGAGUGUCAUAGCAAAGUGUCUGAAUACUUAUGUCAAUAAGGUAAUUCUGUUUUUUAUUUUUAAUACAUUAGCAAAAAUGUCUAAAAACCUGUUUUCGCUUUGUCAUUAUCAGUUAUUGUGUGGAGAUUGCUGAGGAUUUUAUUUUAUUUUUUCGAUUUUAGAACAAGGCUGUAAUGUAACAAAAUGUGGAAAAGGUCAAGGGGUCUGAAUACUUUCCGAAGACACUGUUGCCAGUGAAAUUGUUGUAAUUUAUUUUAGAACCUCAAGGACCCAUGAGCAGAUAUGAAACCACAUCCUGUGGGGAUUCCUUCUGAGAGAAACAGAUGAUUUUGUUCAGAGACUAUCUAUGGGUUUAUUUGGCCUCUACAGAGGAAACUCAUUCUGACAAAAGACCCAGCUCUCAACCACACCACUAACACCAUGGGCUCGUGCUGAAGAGAAUGUGUAGUAGUGCAAAAGAGAGAGAUGAGAUGUUUAUCAUUUGUAGUUGAAUUACGUUUGAAUUGUAUAAAUAAUGAUUUUUUUCUGCCACAAAUCUAUUUGAAUGAGAUACAGUCAUGUGAGAACAGGAUUGGAGUUGUUUUGUGAACUGGUUUUAGAUGUUUCUCAAAAUCACCAGCAAUUGUCCUAUCGUAUACACGUAUCCUAUAAAUGAUUGACACAAAGAUAGAUUAAAUGUCAACAUUGUUAGAAAAGUCCAUGUUUGUAUCAUGUUGUUUAUAACAUCAAUGGCAACAGUAAACUGCAGACUAUUUUCUGCAACUUCAAGAUUAAAUCAUUGAAUAUUUUGUA